CUCGAUGAGCUGCAGCGAGGCGAUCGACACCUGGAGACGACAGUCGCCUUGUGCGAAAUUCGCACUCAGCUCCAAGAGCUGACCAAAUCCGUGGAGUCCUGCCAGAGUGAAGUCUCAGAGGUCAAACGUGAUAUGGUGGCCAUCAAACAUGAACUGGACACCGUGCAGCAGGUGAAGGAGGAGAUCGAGGAGCUGCGCGAAUAUGUCGACAGACUGGAGGAGCACACGCACCGACGGAAGCUAAGACUUUUAGAACAAGGUCUCACCUUCUUCCUCACGUACUCGAUCUUCUCGGCGGUUCUGGGGAUGCUGCAGUUCGGCUAUAAUACCGGAGUGAUCAAUGCCCCGGAGAAGAAUAUCGAGAAUUUCAUGAAGGAUGUGUACAAGGACCGCUACGGCGAGGACAUUAGCGAGGAGUUCAUCCAGCAGCUCUACUCGGUGGCGGUGUCCAUCUUUGCCAUUGGCGGCAUGCUCGGCGGUUUCAGUGGCGGCUGGAUGGCCAAUCGAUUUGGCAGAAAAGGCGGCCUACUAUUGAAUAAUGUACUUGGAAUAUCGGGUGCUUGUUUGAUGGGUUUUACCAAAGUUAGUCAUUCCUAUGAAAUGUUAUUCCUUGGCCGAUUUAUAAUUGGCGUUAAUUGUGGCCUCAAUACAUCUCUAGUGCCGAUGUACAUCUCGGAGAUAGCGCCACUGAAUCUACGCGGUGGCUUAGGUACUGUUAAUCAAUUGGCUGUGACUGUAGGUUUACUAUUAUCCCAGGUCCUGGGGAUCGAGCAGAUCCUCGGCACCAACGAGGGCUGGCCCAUACUCCUCGGCCUGGCCAUAUGUCCAGCAAUAUUGCAACUAAUUUUACUGCCCGUCUGCCCAGAGUCGCCACGAUAUUUGCUGAUUACCAAACAAUGGGAGGAGGAGGCACGAAAAGCCCUUCGACGGCUCCGCGCCUCUGGCUCUGUCGAAGAGGACAUUGAGGAGAUGCGCGCCGAGGAGCGUGCCCAGCAGGCCGAGAGCCAUAUCUCCACCAUGGAGCUCAUCUGUUCGCCCACCCUGCGUCCCCCAUUGAUCAUUGGCAUUGUAAUGCAGCUGAGUCAGCAAUUCAGUGGCAUCAACGCCGUCUUCUACUACUCCACAUCGCUGUUCAUGAGCUCGGGUUUGACGGAGGAGAGCGCCAAGUUUGCUACGAUAGGCAUAGGCGCCAUAAUGGUUGUAAUGACACUGGUCUCCAUUCCAUUGAUGGAUCGCACGGGUCGUAGGACUCUGCACUUGUACGGCCUCGGGGGCAUGUUCAUCUUCUCCAUUUUCAUAACGAUUUCGUUCUUGAUCAAGGAAAUGAUCGACUGGAUGUCCUACCUCUCGGUUGUGGCCACCCUCGGAUUUGUGGUCUUCUUUGCCGUUGGCCCCGGAUCCAUACCAUGGAUGAUCACCGCAGAGCUCUUCUCCCAGGGACCACGACCCAGUGCCAUGGCCAUUGCAGUGCUAGUGAAUUGGAUGGCCAAUUUCGUGGUUGGCAUUGGUUUCCCCAGCAUGAAGACUGCUUUGGAGAACUAUACGUUCUUGCCGUUCAGCGUUUUCUUGGCCAUCUUCUGGAUAUUCACGUACAAAAAGGUGCCCGAGACCAAGAACAAGACGUUCGAGGAGAUACUGGCCCUCUUCCGACACAACAAUGGCAGGAGUAUGCUAAACUGCACAAAUAGCUUGGAGCCACAAUCAAUGAAUUCUGGCAUCGAGCAUGCCGCCUUGAUGGUAUCCGAGGAGAAGACCCAACAUGACUCACCUGCAUCAGAGCGAUUUUUAGACGGCGGCCGAAGUACACACCAGGGCCGGAGCGGUGCCUCUGCGCCCCAUCACCUUCGUCAGCAAGCACCUGUCUGCCCGAACAGCGGGCCUUGACUGAGGAACGCCUCACCUCCUGAAACUGCCAGUGUUCGGUCCGUGAGUCGCGCUGAGGAGAUGCCGAUGCCGAUGCCGAUGUCCAUGCAACAGCAGCAACAGCAGCAGCAGCAGCAGUCGCAUCACCAGUCACGAUAUGCCACACACGAAUACGUACAUUGUAGCUAUGAGAAGGAUGUUGUAUGUGAUCAAGCAGCCCCCUCGCAGCAGCCCCAACAGAUGCCACAGCAACAGCAACAGCAACAGCAGCAGCAGCCUCCACCACCACUGCAGAACCAGCCACGCAAGCCACACAGCCAUAGUCCGCAUCAUAGUCGCCACACCUCACCGCACAGCCAUCACUCACAUCAUCAUCAUUAUCGUAGACGUCGUCGCCAGGGCAGCGGGAGUCUGCCAGGAGCCCACACCACUUCCACCCAUCAUUCGGGGCACCACUCGGCGGCAGGCACCACCACGCGCCACGGCGCUGUCUGCGCCGCCAGUCGUCGCCAUCGCUCAGUCACGGAUGUGUCCACCAAUUCCUGCCAGGAUCCCAGUUGCGCGGAUCGUGAGGUCCAGGAGAUAAUGGUGCGCAAGUCCUGCUGCACUUCCUCCUCGCGCACAGAGCUGGCCCAGUUCUUCGCCGAGGAUCUGUACGGCUCCUCGUCGCGACGCCCCAGCAGCUGCUGCACCAGCUCCGACUACUGCUACCAGACGGACUCGACGAGUCUCUACGGCUCCAGGUCCUCGCUCAGCCGCAACAAUUCCAUCAAGUCGGCGUCCGCAGCCAUGCGGAAGCAGCAGCGGCUGCAGCACCGCCAGCCGAGCUACACAUCCAUCUCCUUGAGGGGAUUGAAUGCCAGUCGCCCGAAUAGCCAACUGGGAUCACUGACCUCCAUCUUCGACAGGGCCAAGCAGAUGGCGGGGGAGCUUAAGGCAGGAGAGGACGCGCCAGGCUCUACUCUAGAGAGACAGAGCUCCAAGGGAGCUUUGAGCAACGAUCUCCCCGAAUACGCCUGCUCGCCUUCGCCCAUCCGCUGGAGCUUCCUGGCCGACGGCAAGUCGCCGACGGAGUUCGAGGGCGCUGUAGGAGGGGAAGAGGAGGAGAAGCUAGAUGCCUGGCAGGUGCCAGAGCCAGAGCCCGGGAAAAAGCCCUGCAGGAAGAUCACCAGCGCAGAGACUGCCUGCUGGAAGAGUGGCUCCGUGUACGAUGAGGGUCCCAGUACUUCGGCGGCGGCGGCAGCCCGGAAGCGUCGCGGCAGCAACUACCAUUGCGAAUUCGAGGAAGAGUCCACGACGGUGCUCUUCCAUCAGGAUCCCGGGGAGUCGUUCAACAACUGUUGCAACAACUACAUUCAGUGCAACAGCUACUUGGACCAAGACCUGCAGAUCACCAGCGAGGAUAUCCAUCAGUAUUUGUCCAAGGGCGAUCCCACGGCCACAGAUGUCCUCAACAAUUCGAAGAACUAUCCCUUCCAGCCGAGCAAUGCGCUGGAGUUUCAGUACAAGAACAACUUCCAGCAGGGCGGCGGCAACAACAACAAUACGAACACCACGAACACAGCCUCCAGCGAUGCGGGGGAGUGCUUCCAGAGCUACAGGGCCAGCUCCAAGGAGACGAACCUCAACCAAACGGCGACGACGCCCAUGUCUCCGACCAACAUCAAUCUGUCGACCAGCUCGAACAACAUCAAUAUCGUGUUUAGCAGCAGCCUCGAGCGGAAUGCCAACGAAGUGAAGUUCAUCAACAAUCGGAGUGGAGGAGGCACCUCAGACGAGAGUGGGAUGGUGGGAUGCGAGGGCCAUCAUGCGGGGUAUCUGCCGUACACCUUCCCCAGCUAUGAUUACACGAACAUGUCGGGGAACUCGCACUUCGAGAAGUCCCUGGGGAUCGAUGAGCUGCCCAAAGAGUUCAACGGAGUGGAUGCCUCUACUACCAGCGAGCACUCAUCGUCGCUGCCAUCGCCAUCGCCACAGCCGCUGUACCACCAACACCAGCAGCAGCAGUUCCAUCACUUUGAAUCCUUCGAUGCUCCCUCCGAGCACAAUCUCCUGUCGCAGCCCAUGUCCCCGGGUUCGCCGCUUUCCGGGUCUGUGAAUCCCGCUGGCGACGACGACUUUGUUCAAAUGCAUCACUAUCACGCCUCCACAGCCUCCACCUCCACCUCGCAUUCGCAUGCCCAUCACCACUCGCAAACGCAAACGCAAUCGCACCCGCAAUCGCAAUCGCACCACAGUCACGCUCAUGCUCACACCCAUGCCCAUGGCCAUGGCCACCAUAUGCUGCAGCAUCAGCCACAGGCAGCACAUGCCACGCGCUACGAGGACCCACUCGCCGGGUCUGGGGUCUUGAAGAGAGUGCGCAAGCGUGCACGCAAUUUCCUGCGGAAGAAGUAAAAGAGUGUUCCCCCGUCUCGUGCAUCCCAAUCCCAUAGAUUCGCCGUACUUUGGCCGAAAGUACCUGGUGGUCUCAAAGCAACAGAAACCCCAACAACAGCACCUGGGACG